CUUCUUUCUGUUCAAGUGCCAUUUCGUUGCAUGCAGUGCAGUCUAUAAAACAGAAUGCGUUCUCAGCGGGUCUCGAGUUUCCUAUCACUUAUCGUCAUUCGUAGCGUAUAAACAUAACAGCACGCGGUCAUUAGCUCGAUUCAUAUUGUUUACGUAUUCGUCUGGCACAUGGGAGUGCGGCCGGAUCGUGGCUAAAAUCGCGUUGGCGUCGUCUGGUUGGUCAUAAAAGACUACGGGACUGCUCGGGAUCGUUCGUGGCGUCUCAGGCGUCGUUGGAUAUUCGCGGGAGCCUCUCGACGAUACGGGCGCGCAAAAAUGUCAUGCAGCUACGCGGACGGGUUAUCGCCGUACGAAAACAAAGGAGUGCUGGGACAGGAGGAGAGAUACGACACGGCGGAGACGCUCCGUCUGAAAUGCGGCCUCCUGGCCGAUUGGAUACAAGGCGCCCGUCACGUCGUGGUGCAUACCGGCGCCGGUAUCAGCACCGCCGCGGGUAUUCCUGACUUUCGGGGUACAAAUGGUGUGUGGACAUUGGAGCAAAAAGGUUUAAAACCUUCAAUGAAUAUUUCCUUUGAUGAAGCAAUACCUACGAAGACACAUAUGGCACUGAAAAAAUUGAUAGAGAGUAAAAAAGCAAAGUUUGUCAUAAGCCAGAACAUAGACGGACUACAUCUGCGAUCAGGAGUACAGAGGCAGUAUCUUGCAGAAUUACAUGGAAACAUGUUCACGGAACAAUGCGAUAAAUGUGGCAGACAAUUUAUUCGCAAUUUCGCAACCAAGAGUGUUGGGAAAAAGUCCUUGGAUACUGUCUGCAGGUCUGAGCAAAUUGGUGGUCGUCCUUGCCGUGGGCGAAUGCACGACACUAUUCUCGAUUGGGAGCACAAUUUACCGGACAGUGAUCUGACACUAUCUGAUUUGCAUUCUAGUGUUGCCGAUCUAAGCAUAUGCUUGGGAACCACGUUACAAAUCAUUCCGAGUGGCAAUCUACCUUUAUACACGAAGAAGUAUGGAGGUCGUCUUGUUAUAUGUAACCUGCAGCCAACAAAACAUGACAAAAAGGCCGACUUAAUUAUCAAUGGCAACGUCGACGAGAUCAUGAUCACGGUGAUGAAGAAGCUGGGAAUGGAGAUCCCGGAAUACGAGAGCAGCAUGGAUCCCACCCGAAAUUCCGAUACAACGGCCAAAGAGAUGGACUGGACGAUCCCGACGAGUAGAAUAAAGGAGAUGAACGUGCUGUACAAAAAGGUGUGCAAGCCGAUGCGGAGGAAACGGAAAACGUUCAUGUACGAGCGCGAGAGGACGGAUACGAAGAAGGAAACGAAGGCCAGAAAGCAGGCGUUCACGGUGAAGCAAGAAAUCAAAACCGAAGAUAAUAACAUAGCUACGACGGGUGAGAUAUGCAAGACCGAGAACGACCAUAUGACUAACAACCCCGUUAAGACAGAAGAGAACGCGGAGGACGUUGAUACAUGUAGGUACUCGAUGGAGGACAUGACGGCAGAGCACAGCCCAGAUAUGAAAAUGAACCAGACGGUGUAGCAAGUUUUGACGGAGCGUUGAUUUUCCAUUCUAAUAUUUCGAUUACUCUCAGUGUACGCUGUCGUUACUUAUGAGUGCAUACCGAUUGAUAUUCAUUGAAUGAUAAGAGAUAUCUCUGAAAGCGCAAUAUAGUUUUAUCUAUUAAGUAGAUCAUCCGAGACGUACUCACCACACAUUUAGCAUUAAAUACGAUAAUUCUUAAUAUUUUUCUCUUCUUUCUUUUGGAGACUUUCUCUGCGUGAAGGUCGACAGUGAGAUAGAGCGUGAGAUGCACUUGUACGUCGAUUCUGUUCUUGAGUACUUAUAACACGCAGUUUGGGAAAAUCAUAACGAUCUAUGACAGAAGCGACAUAAUCAAUCAUAAAUAAUCAAAUGAUAAAUUUAUCAAUUUGAUUCUCCGCGGUCGCUCGUGUAGCGCGGCUCAAUCUUCCGAGCUUCCUUUUCUCAAAGGCGUUUAACGUUAAAUGUGCAGUGAGAGAAUAUGGGCUCAUGAUUUUAUUUACGGAACGUCAUUUACGGUCAGAAAGCCGAAAAUCUAUUCCAGCAAAUUGUAUAUAUUCAUAUUGAUAUCUCAAUGAAGUUGCGUUCGUACGGUAUCUGCUUUUUACGACUCGCCUACGUAUUUACGCAUAUGCAUAUUAGACAACGCGGAGGGAGAUUCAGCAUAGGUCUCUCGACGAGUGACGUGUUCCAGAUUUCUCGUGCAUAAUACGAUACAUUUUCCACUAUAGAUUAGAGUAUUAAGAUUAUUCCAUAAAAGAACAAAAAAAAGAUCUUCCUACAAGAUAUUUCGCCAGUAAGAACCUCCACACGGCAACUUCUUUUUUUUUUCGACUAACAC